AGGUGUUGUUGCAGACUAACUUCACUUCCUCAGCUCAGCAGCAGACCAGCUCCUCCCUCCAUCACCAACUAUGGCCAGCAAAUUUGCCCGAAAUGACCUCCCAUCAGAAUCAAACAUAUACAAUAACGAUGAGCUCCGGAUUGUGAUGGUGGGGAAGACCGGAGCUGGGAAGAGUGCCACAGGAAACACCAUUCUGGGAAAAGAGUCCUUUGAAUCAAAGUUCUCUGUUAAAUCCAUGACUGUAGACUGUUCUUAUGCCUUUAGUGAAGUUGAUGGACAAAUAGUUAAGGUUAUUGACACUCCUGGUCUGUUUGACACCAAGAUUGAAGAAGAGACGACCAGAAAUAACGUUCUUCAGAGCAUUUAUUAUGCUUCUCCUGGACCCCAUGUCUUCCUGGUCAUCAUCAAACUGGGCAGAUUCACAGAUGAAGAAAAGCAGACAGUGCAGACGAUUCGGGAAAUCUUUGGAGAACAAGCAGACAGAUACAGCAUGGUCCUCUUUACCCACGGUGAUCUGCUCGAAGACCAAACUAUCGAAGAGUUCAUCGAGGAAAGUGAAGAGCUGCAGGAACUUGUGGCCAGAUGUAACGGCCAGUGCCACGUCUUCAAUAAUAAGUUGAAGGAUCGUUCUCAGGUCAGAGAGCUGCUCGACAAGAUCAGAAAGAUAACAGAGAAGAACGGAGGAAGCCAUUACACCACUGAAAUGUUCCAGGAGGCAGAGAGGGCCAUAGAAGAGGAGAAACAGAGAAUCCUUAAAGAGAGAGAAGAGGAAAUACGCAAACAGGAAGAGGAAUUAAAAAAGAGAUUAGAUACGAAGUAUGAGGAACAAUUAAAAAAAAUCAAAGAGGAUAGGGAGAGGUCAGCAAGGCAGAUGGAAGCUCAUGAAAGAGAAAUGGAGGAGGAGAUGAGGACAAUGAGACAAGAUGAGGAAAGGCUAAAAGCAGCUGGCAAAAUAGAAAUGGAGGAGGAGAGGAGAAAAGAGAAAAUGAGGAAAGGCUGAGAGAAGCUAGAAAAUGAGAAAGGGAG